AUGGCGGGGCUCGGCGCGGGCCCGUGGCUGCUGCUGGCGGCCGUGCUGUGCGCGGCGGCCGAGCCGCGCUGCCCGUCGUGCCCGGCGGGCGCGGAGCGGCGGCUGCUGGAGGAGGUGGCCAAGAAGCAGCUGCUGGAGAAGCUGCGGCUCCGCGAUCGCCCGCGGCUCGCCCACGCCGUGCCCCGCGCCGCCGUGGCCCGCGCCCUGCGGCGGCUGCAGGCGGGAGGCGCCCGCCGGGGCCCCUCCGGGGAGGAGGAGGAGGAGGAGGAGCGGGGCUACGAGAUCAUCAGCUUCGCGGAGACAGAUCUCACAUCUCCCUCCGGUUUGGGGCUGCAGUUCCAGUUCAGCCAGGCGCAGGACCAGGACAUUCGCAUCCUGCAGGCUCAGCUCUGGCUCUACCUGCGAGUGCCCCGGCCCGGGCUCACCCUGAGCAUCUUCCUGGCCGCCGGGGCCGGGGCCGUGGCCGGGGGCAAUCGCACGCUGCUGGGGGAGAGGCGGCUGAGCGCGGCGGGGAGCGGCUGGCGCUCCUUCCCCCUCCUGCCGACCCUGCAGAGCUUCUUCGGGGGGCAGAGCCGGACGCUGCGGCUGGAGCUGGAGAGCCGCGGGGACGGGGGGGACAUAGCGGCACCGCUCAACGCCAGCUGGUCCCACCAGCCCUUCCUGGUGGCCAAGGCGAAGGUGCGGGAGCCCGAGCACCGCGUGGCCAAGCGCAGCCUCCGCUGCAGCCCCAACUCCAGCCUGUGCUGCCGCAGGGACUAUUACGUGGACUUCCGCGACAUCGGCUGGAACGACUGGAUCAUUAAGCCCGAGGGCUACCAGAUAAACUACUGCGUGGGCCAGUGCCCCCUGCACGUGGCAGGCAGCCCCGGGAUGGCCUCUUCCUUCCACACGGCCGUCUUCAACCUCGUCAAAGCCAACAACGUGCAGGCGUCGGGGCAUUCCUGCUGCGUCCCCACGCGGCGCCGCCCGCUCUCCGUCCUCUACUUCGAUCGCAACAGCAACAUCGUCAAGACUGACAUUCCCGACAUGAUCGUUGAUGCCUGUGGCUGUAGUUAG